AUGAAGCUCAUUCUUCUGGUUUUGACUGUUACCCUGCCACUGGCUCAAGUCAUCCGAGUCAUGAAGUGUUGGGGUAAGUUGGGAAGGUGCAGAAUCAUGUGUGAAGAGAGUGAAGUGUUCUACAUAUUAUGCAAUGCUGCUGUUAAGUGCUGUGUCAAUCCCAAGUACGUACCCAUAGACACAAGAUCCUCAAACUCAACAAGAAGCCUGUGA